AUGGUCAACCUCUCCGACAAGAAAGAGAGCGUCCUCUCCAGGAUUCCGGCGUCGACGAUACCGUACGUCCACACUAUCUUUGGAGCCUCUGCGUUUGUGUUUGCGCUCAUCAUUGGAUGUUAUGGCCAUUACUACAAGAUUGUCACCAACGGUGUUGCCACAUACCCAGACGAAUGGUUCCCGAGUGUGAGUGCCACAACAGGAGACUGGUAUCCAGAGAGGAACAUCUGUCAAAUUCUCAUUGCCCUCGCAUCAGGCCCACGCUUGAUGCUCUGCUACCUCUGGUACCUUCUCGUCCUCAGGAACGUUCCCACCAGCGGAUCUGACAGCUUUGCAAAAUUCCUCUUCACCAACGAUGUCAUCCGGACAGUCGCCUGUGGAGGCUGGGUCUAUGUCACCUCCUCGGACGACCAUGGCAUCCACGACUUUGCGAUGAUUAUUUACUUACUCUGCACGAUCCCUCAUGUCAUCGGGACCAUCAAGAGCGCGCCCCAGAACCCGCGUGCUGAAAGGCUGAGACGCCAAUUCGCGUAUUCGUUCUUUGGUGCCCUUUUCCCGAUGGUUUAUUUCUUUAUCCAGCACAAUAUCCACCGCGUCCCUGGAGCAUACACAUACUACGCGCUGUUCGAGUGGUCGCUCAUCUUUUCGGAUUUGGCGUUCGACGCAGUGUGCAUGAUCGACUUUGAGGCGUUCGAGAUCCGGGUGGUUGAUGUCGGCAUGGGCGGGAGUGGCAACUAUGAUGUCGGCAGCAGUUCUUUCAACGAGCUCAAGACGUUUGGGGGUGGGAGCAAGUCAAAGUCGAUCGUGAGUCCUGUCAGGCUUAUGGAUUCGCUUUCCUUUGUUGCCGAUGUCUAUCUUGCGUUUGUGUUUUGGUCAAUGUUGACGUCGCUGCCGUUGAUGAUCUGGUACUUCCCUCUCUGGCACAUGGGUCUCUCGGGCUACGAAGCGUUCCUCUUCUGUAACGUCUCAGUGGGACUCUUGGGCUUUGCCUCUCUUCGACGCAAAGUCGACACAUCUAGGGGUUGGUUCCACCUCGCCUCACUUAUUGGAAUCUACUCUUACAAGGUCCUCGACCCAGCCUAUCGUCUCAUGGCGGUUGCUGCAGGAGUCUCGCUUUCGCUGUUGACUUGGGGCGCUACCUUGUUCAGUCAACGUGCUCAGAAUGGACGGGCGGAGAGAGGAGUGUUGACUUUGGCGUUGGGGUUGAUCCUCCAUAAUGUCAUCAAGCAAGCUUGGUGGGCUAAUAACCCGAUCUGGCCCAUCAUGGAUGAAAAGACAGGUGGGGCUAAUAUGUUGGGACUUGUGGUGGGCAUCUUGGCGAGCGUGCAGGUCAUUCGGCGACAGGAGCCUCAUGAGUACGAGGCCAAGCCAAAUGAGAUCCCGGGGGUUGUCAGGAAACAGCAAGGCGAGAGCUGGAUCUUUUCGGCGGUUGGUGCGGGAGGAUAUUUGUUCUGUCUGCACUCAAUGUUUACGGAAGCUGCGACGAUCAGUCGGUGGUCUUUGGGCGGGUAUCCGAACACAGGACCGGGACCUAUCGCGGGAGGGUUGAUGGUUAUUAUGGCCAUGGCUGGGGGAUUGGCACUUUCGUCGAAACGGCAGUUGGUUACUUCUUGGAUCUGGUUUGGAGUUGGGACGGUUGGCUUGUUCAUCUUGCAUCGUGUUGAAGGCGAUGUGGGGUUCUUUGGAGGGAUUCUGUUUACUGUCUUUGUGUUGUCGCUCUUCCCGACUAUCUUCCGGUCUCUGGGCCGUCAAUCGCCUGGUCGUGCUUUCUUGGUCACAGUCUUGGUCUACAACUUUUUGGCACUGGCUCAUGUCUGGGUGGUGGCCUAUGCGUUCGUCCCUGGUGGGGAGGUUAUGCGAGAACGGACGGACCUUGUCAUCUUUGCCAUGCAGGCCUGUCUGGCCCUGGGGAUCCACAACACUCAUUCGACCAACUGGACUUUCCUCACCGAGACCCGUAAGCGGUCUGCCUUCUCGAUCGCUCGCCUCUAUAGCAAGGUUUCUCUUGUCGGUCUCAUCCUCUGUUCUGUCUUUAUUUGUCUCCGUCGUCUGCCCAGGGAGAGCCCUAAACCCUAUCAUCCCGAGCACCGCCUGAUCACUGCAGGGAUCUGGACCAUCCAUUUCGCGAUCGACGACGAGAUGCGAAAUAGUGAACUCCGAAUGCGCGAUGCGAUCCGGGACCUCGAGCUGGACGUGAUUGGGUUGUUGGAAUCAGACCUCCAACGCAUGAUUAUGGGCAACCGCGACUUGACACAGUUCCUGGCCGAGGACCUCAACAUGUACGCCGACUAUGGUCCUGGCCCGACCAAGCAUACCUGGGGAUGCACGAUGCUCUCUAAAUUCCCGAUCAAACAUUCCACCCACCACCUCCUCCCCUCGCCCAAGGGCGAACUCGCCUGUGCAAUCCACGCAACGCUGGAUGUCUACGGCAAGGACGUCGAUGUGAUUGUCUCCCACAACGGGCAAGAAGAGGACCUCCGCGACCGACAACUCCAAACCACAGAACUGGGUCGAAUCAUGCGCGAGUCCAACAAUCCGUUCCUCUUCCUUGGCUACGUCGUCACAAAACCUGGCCAAGGAGAAGAAAUCUAUGAGCUCUUGAUGGAUGGCGGGAGAAUGCACGAUAUCGAACCCAAGGAUUGGGACCGGUGGUGUGAGUACCUCGCCUUUAGGGGUCUGAAACGGACAGGGUAUGCGCGCGUCUCGCAUGGUGGUAUUACAGAUACAGAGAUCCAGGUUGGAAAGUAUGUAGUUCCUGAGGAGACGCGGGCGAGUAGUGAGCAUCGGAGGAUACCAUUGGAGGAGUUUAAGAAGCUAGAGGCGUAUGAACAAAUUGAGGAGGACCAGGUUCCUGUAGGGUUGAGGUACCCGACCAUGUUUUAUGGGGAGGGUGUUCGUGGUCAUCGAUUCCAUGUCUUUGAUCGUCCUUAUUACUAUGCUUAG